CAGCAAAUAGACAAUGAAUUUCUGUUCACAUCUGUAACACUCAAUUGUUGGUACUUGAACGAGGUGCAUUCAUCAAUAAGAAAAUGUACAGGGUUUGGAUACACUUUCAGUUAUUUUCAUUAAAUAUGUUGUUAGUGGUAGCUACAUGUAAAAUAUUAUGUAUAUUCAUUGCUUUACCUAUUUUGUUAAUAACAUGGAGAAAACAAUAUUCUAAAAAGCGAACAAAGAGAUCACAGAAGGAAACAGUUGUAGGUCUCUUUCAUCCAUAUUGUAAUUCAGGUGGUGGUGGCGAAAGAGUACUUUGGGCAAUUGUCAGUGCUAUACAAACCAGAUAUCCUAAUGUAUACAUAGUUAUUUAUACUGGAGAUCUUGAUGUACAUCCUGAACAAAUAUUAAAUAAGACAGAAAAAGUAUUUAACUAUAAAAUUCAGCGUAAAAUUGAAUUUGUGUAUUUGCAUAGACGCAAAUGGGUAGAAGCUUCAAUGUACCCUUAUUUUACACUUUUGGGACAGAGUUUAGGAUCAAUUUGGUUAGGUAUUGAAGCUUUAAAUAGCUUUGUACCAGAUGUUUACAUUGAUACUAUGGGUUAUGCAUUCACUUAUCCGUUAUUUAAAUACAUUGGUGGAUGUCGAGUAGCAUCAUAUACUCACUAUCCUACAAUUUCAACUGAUAUGUUGAAGCAUGUUUACAGAAGAGUUGCCUCUCAUACUAACAGAGGAGUUAUAGCUAGAAAUCCAUUUUUGUCGGCAGCCAAACUUGCAUAUUAUAAAUUGUUUGGACUUAUAUAUGGUUGGGUUGGCAGUAGGGCAGAAAUAGUAAUGGUUAACUCUUCAUGGACUGAAGAACAUAUUAACACAAUUUGGAAAUGUCCUCUAAAAACCCAUAAAAUUUAUCCACCAUGCGAUGUAAAACAAUUAACAUCGCUGCCACUUUUCAAUGACGACGAAAAAUGCAAUGAUAUUCGUAUAGUAUCGAUUGCACAGUUCAGACCAGAAAAAAAUCAUCCAUUAAUGUUGAGGGCCAUGUAUGAACUUAGAUCAAUUGUUAAAGAAGAAAUGUGGGAAAAAAUACGUUUAAUUCUUAUUGGUUCCUGUCGAAACUUUGAAGAUGAAGUACGUAUGAAAGAUAUGCAAGAUUUAUCAAAACAUUUUGCAUUGGAUGAAAAUGUAGAAUUUAAACUUAAUAUACCAUAUUCGGAACUUCUAUCGGAACUUCAACGAGCAUCAAUAGGUUUACAUACAAUGUGGAAUGAACAUUUUGGUAUUAGCAUUGUUGAAUGUAUGGCAGCAGGAUUAAUUGUAAUAGCUCAUGCUUCUGGUGGUCCAAGAGCUGAUAUAAUAGAAACACAACCAGGAUCACAAAAUGGAUUUUUAGCUACAGAAGCUGAAGAAUAUGCAGCAAUUAUUGCACGUAUUAUUAAUAUGCAUCCAGAAGAUAGACAUACCAUUAGAACAGUUGCUAGAGCAUCUGUAAAUCGAUUUUCGGACGAAGUGUUUGAAAAAGAAUUUUUGCGAACGAUGGAACCAUUUUUUAGACAAAAACAAGAAUGA